GCAUUUGACCAGCGGCCGGCCGCGACGUACGCACGGUCUUCUACCGCCAAUAAAAUAACAGUUCGCAAAUCGAAUAUAAAAUGAGUGUACGCAUUAUGGCUAAAGUGUUUGUUGCUCUGUGUCUGUGUCUGAGUGUCAGUUUUGUGUCGUGUCAAUACGGUUUCUUCCCUUCACGUCAAGAACGUCGACAAGAUGGAUCUUUUGGACUUAACUUCUUACCUGAUCCUAGUCGGAUCACGGCACAACUUGCCGGCAUACUACAUUUGAGGCCUGAGAACCAGAACACUAACCCAGAAUACGUGUACCCCUUCAAACAAAAACCUGGCAUAACUAACAACAGACGACCAGAUGAGUAUCACCAACAAAAUGGAUAUGGACAAAAUCAAUACAAUAAUAAUCAGUAUGGACUAGACAAUCAGUAUAAUCAAUAUCAGAAUCAGGGGCAACAAAAUCCUAAUCAAUUUGAACAGAACACACAACAUAAUCCUAACCAAUUUGGUCAAGACAGUCAAACAAACCAGUUCAGCCAAAAUAAUCCGUUUGCACAAAAUGUACCAUUCGGACAGAGUGUUCCGUUCGGGCAAAAUGCUCAAUCCGGACAAAGUGUUCCGUUCGGACAAAAUGUACCAUUCGGACAGAGUGUUCCGUUCGGACAAAAUGAUCAAUCCGGACAAAGUGUUCCAUUCGGACAAAAUGUCCCAUCUGGACAAAAUGUUCCUUUCGGACAAAGCGUUCCGUUUGGACAAAAUGUUAAGUUUGAACAGAAUAAAGAAAAUACACAACAAAAUCAAGGUGGUCAAGUAGGAUUUCCAACGUCAGAUUCCACUAAAGUAAACUUCGUGAACAAUUUUAAUGAGCCUGAUCCAUCUAAUGAUGGACAACAAGGAAAAAUCAGUGAUGGAGAUGCUUAUUCGAACAAUUCACCAGUAAACUUCGGACAACAGACUGAACUGCCGCAGUUGACUCCUGUGCCGACGUUCGAGAAACGGAACAACUUUAAUUUCGGCUCGGCGGGAAUAUUCCAACAGACAUGCCAGACAGUAGAGAAAGGUGUUGGCAACUGCAUAUCCCUGCUGCAAUGUCCCAAGUAUUUGCGAAUUCUGCAGGACUCCAGAGCUAAUGCGAAUGCCGUACAGAUACUGAGAAGAGCACACUGCGGCUUUGAUGGCAGCAAUCCUAAGGUAUGCUGUCCUCUCCAAGGUAUCCCCACUGCACCGCCAGUUACCCCAGCACCAGUUAUCACUACGACGACGCCAGCGCCGAGCCCAACCAGCAAAACUAUUGGAGGCAGCGAUUUUGUAGACGCCCUGCCUGAACCACCAGUGUGUGGCAUCAGCAACGCCUCGUUCAGCAGGGUCGUCGGAGGAGUCAAAGCUAAACUUGGUGACUUCCCCUGGAUGGCACUGCUGGGCUACAAGCGACGUACCGGUGCUGGCGCUAGAUGGCUCUGCGGCGGCUCCCUGGUCACAAAUAAACACGUACUUACAGCUGCCCAUUGCAUACAUGGACAUGAGGAUGACCUAUACGUGGUCAGAUUAGGCGAGCUCGAUCUUGAGAAAGAAGACGAAGGUGCGACCCCUGUGGACGUACCAAUCAAGACUAAGAUAAAACACGAGGAUUACAGCGCCACAGCCUUCACUAACGACAUCGGCAUACUCGUGUUAGAAAGAGAAGUCACAUUUACAAGUUUGAUAAAGCCCAUAUGCAUACCGAAGGACAGUGAAUUAAGGGCGCGCUCCUUCGAGGAUUACAACCCUAUCAUUGCCGGCUGGGGAGACACAGAAUUCCAGGGUCCAUCUGCGACGCACUUACAAGCUCUCCAAUUGCCGGUAGUGAGCAACGACUUCUGUGCGCAGGCGUAUAUUAAUUAUAAGAUGCAGAAGAUCGACGAGCGGGUGCUGUGCGCCGGGUACAAGAAGGGAGGCAAGGACGCGUGCCAGGGUGACAGCGGUGGUCCCCUCAUGCAGCCCAUUUGGAACGACGUGGAUUAUACAACGCACUUCUACCAAAUCGGUGUAGUGUCAUUCGGCAGGAAAUGUGCCGAGGCGGGCUUCCCUGGAGUCUACAGCAGAGUCACAUACUUCGUGCCUUGGCUGGAAGAAAAGCUAUUAAACAAGGCUGCUUGACGACAAAAUCAAAAUUAUGAAGGACAAAAAUUUAUGACUACAUGAAGUGUAAUGAAGUGAUGUGUUAUCAUGUUGAGUUAUGUCACAGUAUAAAACUUACAGUGGGUCAACGUCUUUGAAGUUGCGUUAAAUGCUUCUUUUAUUUAGACGCUCUUUUUAUCUGAUUAAAGCUUAAAGCUGAUUGCAGAUAAAGGAAAAAAAAUAGAAGCUCUUUUGUCGCAAAGUGAUCCAUUUUUACUUUUCCAUUAAGCCUAUUUGAUAUUUACUUACUGUUUAUUAUAAUUACUAAUAUUUACCAGUGAAAUCAAGUUUACUGUCGAAGAAACUUUGGAGACGAGUAAAGUACUUAUUAGUUACCUUAAAAAAUAAGAUUUUGCUCUUAAUAUUUAACGUGUAAUAUUUGCAAGAAAAUAAACGUUUAUAAUAAUUAUUAUAUAUAUUACACCAGAACUAACAAUUAUGUGUCAAUUAACAUGACAUUUUAUAAUAGCAUUUAGUUAUAAUACAUUUUAACUGUUAAAGUCAAGAGUUAAUGACUAAAUUAACUGUUUAGGAGAUUAAAAAAAAUGUUGUAAAUUAAUUUUAUCAAAUAAUUAUGUUGUUAUUUUAAUAUUACUUUAACAUUUUUAUAUGACUUAGCUAUUGUUACAUAACCAGCAUUUACAAUGU